UCUUGCUCUCUCUCUCUCUCUCUCUCUCUCUCUCUAGCUCAUUCUUGCUUUGGCUACCUCCAAACAAAUAUUCCUGACAGACCAGACCACUCGUAAGACAGACCAAACCCUAACUAAAAGCAUCCACGUUUUUUUUUUUUUUGAUGGUCUGAUCUCAUCAUAUCCAUGGAGAUGGAGAAUCACCGCCCCAGUUUCACCUACAUGGGCCGCAAAUUCAGCGAUUUAAGUCUCAACGAUGACUCCUCUGCUUUCAGCGAUUGUAACAGCGACAGAUCCGGCGAAUUCCCCACUGCUUCCUCCGAGAGCCGUCGUCUCCUCCUCUCUUGCGCCUCUGAGAAUUCCGAAGAUCUCAUCAAUCAUCUCGUUGCGCAUCUUGAUUCCUCCUAUUCGAUCGAUGAGCAGAAGCAAGCUGCUAUGGAGAUCAGGCUCUUAUCCAAGAACAAACCUGAGAAUCGGAUCAAAAUCGCCAAGGCCGGUGCGAUUAAGCCGUUGAUUUCUCUGAUCUCUUCUUCGGAUCUUCAGCUUCAGGAGUAUGGAGUCACUGCAAUCUUGAACCUCUCUCUUUGCGACGAGAACAAAGAGCUGAUUGCUUCUUCCGGUGCGAUUAGGCCGCUUGUCAGGGCGUUGAAGAUGGGAACACCGACUGCUAAAGAGAACGCCGCAUGUGCUCUGCUCCGGCUAUCGCAGAUCGAGGAGAACAAAGUCGCCAUCGGAAGAUCCGGAGCGAUUCCUCUCUUGGUGAAUCUUCUGGAAACAGGAGGAUUCAGAGCGAAGAAGGACGCGUCGACGGCUCUGUACUCGUUGUGCUCAGCUAAAGAGAACAAGAUCAGAGCCGUGCAAUCUGGAAUUAUGAAACCGCUUGUGGAACUGAUGGCAGAUUUCGGAUCAAACAUGGUGGAUAAAUCGGCGUUUGUGAUGAGUCUGUUAAUGUCGGUGCCGGAAUCGAAACCGGCGAUUGUGGAGGAAGGAGGAGUUCCGGUGCUGGUGGAGAUAGUUGAGGUGGGAACACAGAGACAGAAAGAGAUGGCUGUGUCGAUAUUGCUACAGCUUUGUGAAGAGAGUGUUGUGUAUCGAACAAUGGUGGCUAGAGAAGGAGCGAUACCGCCGCUAGUGGCUCUGUCGCAGGCAGGAACAAGUCGAGCUAAGCAAAAGGCUGAGGCUUUGAUUGAGCUUCUAAGGCAACCAAGAUCCAUUAGUAAUGGUGGUGCGAGAUCAUCGUCCCAACUCUGAUUUGAGCUUUUCUUUUUAUCUUUUUUUUUUACCACACUCUUUUCUUUCUUUUUACUGUUAAUGCGAGGGUGUAUACAAACAACCAGAAAAAGGGGGGAAAAAACUGUAAAUUUGUGUAGAAAAUUAGUGGGGUUGUUGUAAUUUAUCUUGAGUUUGGCUUUUUUUUUUUUUGUGAUCCAAUUUCAUAAAUUUCGGUUUGGUUGUUUAACAGUUUUUAAAUCUUUACCAAUUUA